CUCCCCUGGGGGCGCCUGUGCGCUCACCUGGCGCAGGCGCGGGGCCUGGGUUCCCGUCGCGGGUUGGGGGCGCAGGGCAGCCCCUCAAGGAGCAGCCCGUGUCCAGGUGGUCGGGGUGGAGAGGACGCCCCGCAGCGGGGCUGGGCUGUCCGCGGGCUGCACCUGCUGAUGCGUUCGGGUCGGGAACGACCUUGGCACACUUGGGGGCGUCGGGGGUUGCAACUGCUGGGCGGCCCCGUGGGGAGAGUGGCCGGGCGGUGGGGUCGCCAGGCCCCCUUCUUGGUGCUGGGGGGCGGAGUGGGAGAGGUGUGGGGGCAACUUGCUGGCAUCCCUUUGUCUGUUGCCUGACCGAAGUGCAGGUGGCUGGAUCAGAGAGGGUGCUCCCUUCCGGGUUCAGCUUGGGGCAGGCACUGAGGCGUGGACAGCCAGGCCCUGGCACCUGCGGGUGAGGAGUGCCUUCCUCUGGCUGCAACACCCUGGAACUCCCUGGGGCGCCUUUGACCUGGCGGGCUGGGAGGGCCCAGAGGCCCCUGGACCACCAGGAUGCCCCGGGGCAGUGGGCGGCGGUGCCCCUCUGCUGCCUGCCUCGGGAGCCCGCGCGGCUCCUCUGAGCCCGGGUUUCUUCCCAGGGCUGUGCCUUAUGGUUUCUGAGCUUGGCGCAGCUCCAGACGGAAGGUAGAUUUCCCUGAGGAUCCAACUCCCGAUCACGUUGCUUGGCAGGAUUCUGCCACCCUGUUUUCUUCCUCCGUGGGACCAGGCCUGGGUGAUGGGUCACCAUGGGAUGAUCAGCGGACACGUGAACCAGGGUGGGACAAGGCAGGAGCCUUGAGGCUGCGUCAGGCCUGCCAAGGGCCAGGCAGCUCUGUGGCGCUGCCCCUGCAGCCGGGGUGGGCGGGCUCCCCAGCAGGUCCCUGUCCUGCCUGGGUUGCGGUUUCUUUGUGUCUCGGAGGCUGGUCUUCGCCCUUCCCGCCCGACGUCACGAACAGCUUAGACUCGAGAAGCAGUGUGGGUAUCAUUGGACAGGGAGCCUAGGCUGUCCUCUGGGGCCCAAGCUGUGUGGCCCUGGGAGUUGGGGGCCAGGUCCUAGGGAACUUGAGCAGGUCUGUUAUCUCUUGUGUACUUGCUGAGGCUUUGCAGAGGCCAGCGGGCUCCAGGUAUCCCCUCAGGCUGUGUGCCCCAGGGCUAGAGGGGCCCAGGGCCUUGCCCCUAGCAGAUGAGCAGAGCUGCACACUCCCCGUCCUGCUUGGGCCCCCGGGUGCCCUGCCGAGUGCCCCAGCUUUUUUGUUUCCCUGUCACUCACAGCCCGAGGGCCUGCAGCAGCUGGGUGAGCGGGAGCUGGUGGUCAGCAGACACCUGGGUAGCCUGGAAUGGCCCUCCCGCCCCGCCGGCACACCAGGCCCCUCUGGAGCUGCACGGGCCUGGCCAUCGUGCUGCUGGUUUUCUCCAGGGGCCUCCGGGGGACCAGAGCGGUCAGGAGGCUGGCCGGAGGGCCAGCCGCUCCCCUCGCUCCCUCAGCCCUCUCCUGGGGGCUCUGGGCCGAGUGAGGCUUCCCAGGUGGCCGAGCCCUGUUGUGGCCACUGCACAUUCCUCCCUGGAGCACCUGGCCACCCAUUAACCUUGGAGGGAGAACACGCUGUCCUCAGCUACUGUGAGAACACUAGGACCCGGAAAGAGGAAGAGAAAGCCGGGCUCAUUCCGGGCGCAGGUCCCUGCGCCGGCCUGGGCUUGGGCUGGGAAUCCGAGAGCUGCUACAGGGAUGGGGCCCGGGGAGCCCCGGGCUGGGGGCUGCGGGCCUCUGCCUGCUCCCUGCGCCUCAGGCCAGGGCUUCAUCCCCAGGGCAGGUUUGCUGACCCUACUUCACUGCAGGCCAGGGGUCCCCCCCUCUCAGCGGGACAUUCUGGGAAAGGGGGAACUUGGACUGUGGUCCAGCUGUGUUGCCCCAGGCCUGAGCGGGCCUCCAGCCUCCACGCCUGUCCAGGAGGACUGCCUGCAUGACCACCAUGCCAGGCUGCAAGAGGCUCAGAGGAAGCUGGGGGCAGGAGUGUCCUGGUGUCCAGAGAGGUCUGGCUCCCCCGACUGCCUGUGUGUUGGGCCGCAGGCAGGGGAUGGAGCCGAUGGCUGCUGUGCGGCGGGAGGAGGGGCUCUUGUCCUCGGGGGUGGGGGGCUCUUCCAAGGUUGGGGCAGUCGGGAGGCAUCCAGUGUGUCCUUCGGAAGCUGCUGUGGUGUGAGAAGGCCGGGCACCUGGCAGGAAGAGGCCGGGCUGGUUUCCGAGCACUUCUCACAGGCCCCACAGAAGCUGUCCGCCUACAGCUGGUACGGCAGCGCCAGGCUGUUCCGCUUCCACGUGCCCCCGGACACCGUGCUGCUGCGCUGGCUGCUGCAGGCGUCCCGGGACAGCGGCCACACGUGCACCGAGCUGGAGAUCACCGUGCACUUCCGCUACGGCGCCCCUCCCGUCAUCGACCCGCUGGGCACCAGCUUCCCCGAGGACAGCGCGGUGCAGCCGUCCCAUCACGUCACGAUGCUGCUGGGCAACUCCUCCGUCAGCGUCCCCCACCCUGCGCCUGGGGACUGGUUUGUGGCUGCCCACCUGCCCCCGUCUUCCCAAAAGAUCGAGGUGCAGGGUUUUGUUCCCACCUGUGCCUACGUCUUCCAACCUGACAUGCUGAUCACACGGGUGGUGGAGGUCUCCAUCGUGGAGCCUGACGUGCCCCUUCCGCAGACCCUCCUCUCCCACCCCAGCUACCUCAAGGUCUUCGUCCCCGAGUACACCCGGGAGCUUCAGCUGGAGCUGCAAGGCUGUGCGUGCAACGGGAGCCAGGGCUGCCCUGUGCGCCUCACGGUCGGCUCCGUCACCUUGCCUGGCAGCUCCCAGAAGGUGCUCACCUGCACCGGGCCCACCCCAGCCUGCCGCCUGCUGCUGCCCUCACCGCCCUGGGACCAGUGGCUGCAAGUGAUGGCCGAGAGCCUGGCAGGCCCCCAUGUGUCGGUGGUCUUCCGUGCCGUCGCUGCCCUCACAGCCUGCAGGCCCUGGAGCGUGAGCUCCCAGCACCUGAUGGAGGGCAGCCUGACCCAGAGCUCUAACAGCACGGCUGGCCCACUGCCCCCUGGCUCCGGCCGCCCAGACCUGGCCCGGGUCAGCGGGGUGGCCGGCGACCCCUUCUGCCUCACGAGCUACCCAGUCUUGCGGGAGGACGUGGACGUGAUGUCUGUGCGUUUCCAGCCCCUGGGCAGGGUCCUGGUGCUGGUGCGUUCGGCCACACCCUCCCUCAUGCAGCUCCGCCUCAACACAGGCAUGGACAGUGGGGGCUCCCUCACCAUCUCCCUGAAGGCCAAUGAGACCAACAUCGCCAAUGGAACCCUGGUGGCGGCCUGCGUGAACAUGGCCUCACCCUUCCUCGGCUUCAACACCUCCUUCAGCUGCACUACAGCCUUCUUCCAGGGCUAUGCCUUGUCGCUGAACACCUCAUCACUCACCGCGAACCUCAUCGUUCCCUACCCAGAGACUGGCACCUGGUACCUCUCCCUGCAGCUCCUGUGCCCUGGGAGUCCCGAGGGCUGUGAGCAAGCCGUGGUCCCCGUGGAGACCGCGCUGUGCCUGGUGCCCUGCUGGAACGACUGUGGACCCUACGGCCAGUGUCUCCUGCUGCGCAGAUAUGGCUACCUGUAUGCCGGCUGCAGCUGCAAGGCAGGCUGGCGCGGGUGGAGCUGCAGCGACAACAGCACUGCCCAGACGGUGGCCCAGCAGAGGGUGGCCGCGCUGCUGCUCACGCUCAGCAACCUCAUGUUCCUGGCGCCCAUCACGGUGUCGGUGCACCGCGCCUUCCUGGUGGAAGCCUCCGUCUACUCCUACACCAUGUUCUUCUCCACGUUCUACCACGCCUGCGACCAGCCGGGGGAGGCCGUGCUGUGUAUCCUCAGCUAUGACACACUGCAGUACUGCGACUUCCUGGGCUCCGGGGUGUCCACCUGGGUCACCAUCCUGUGCAUGGCCCGGCUGAAGACGGUCCUGAAAUACGUCCUGUUUCUACUGGGCACGCUGGUCAUCGCCAUGUCCUUGCAGCUGGACCGCAGGGGCAUCUGGAACAUGAUGGGGCCCUGCCUCUUUGCCUUUGUGAUCAUGGCCUCCAUGUGGGUGUACCGCUGUGGGCACCGGCACCAAUGCUACCCCACCUCGUGGCAGCGCUGGGUCUUCUACCUGCUGCCGGGCAUCUCCAUGGCCUCUGUGGGCAUCACCAUCUACACGUCGAUGAUGACCAACGACAACUAUUACUACACUCACAGCAUCUGGCACAUCCUGCUGGCCGGGAGCGCGGCCCUGCUGCUGCCGCCCCGCGACCGGCACGCAGAGCCCUGGGCCUGCGCCCAGAAGCUGCCCUGCCACUAUCAGAUCUGCAGGAACGACCGGGACGAGCUGUACGCGGUCACGUGAUGGCCAGGAGCCCGCCCGCCCUUGUAGCUUGGCUGCACCCGAAUAAACCUGCCCAGCACCUUUGUUUGCUCCGA